CCUUCACUUAUAGAGAACCACCAGUAGGAGAGAGAUAGGGGGGGGGGAGCGAGAGAGAGAGAGAGAGAGAUUGAGAGAGAGAUGUCUGGGUGAAUGUUGCUGAUAGCAGAGCUGAGUGAAAGGACCUCAGACGCAUUAGAAGACUGAGACAAGAAUGGACCAAUCAAAGCCACACGUAGAUGUGUUCCACUACAGGAACAAGGAACAGUCGUCCUACCUCCUACUGCAGCUGAACCGUCUGAGACAGAACAGGAUCCUUACCGACGUGCUACUCUGUUCAGAUAACACAGAGAUCCCCUGCCACCGUAACAUCCUGGCCUCCAGCAGUCCUUACUUCACGGCCAUGUUCUGUCACCACUUCAGAGAGACGGACCAGGAGAAGGUGGAUCUGAAGGGGAUCACCUCCAGCAUCCUGAGUGACAUCGUCGACUACGUCUACACAGGGGUCAUAACCAUCACCAUGGAGAUAGUACUGCCCCUUAUGCAGGCUUCCUCCAUGCUCCAGUACACCAGGCUGUUCGAGGCCUGCUCCUCAUUCCUGCAGGAGCAGCUGAGCCCAGACAACUGCCUCAGCAUGAAGCGACUGGCAGAGAUAUUACACUGCAACAGCCUGAAGGAGAAGGCCAGGGAGAUGGCAGUACAGAGCUUCUCUGACGUCUCUACCUCUGAGGACCUGUGUGAGCUCUCCUUACCUGAGCUGAUGGGUUACCUGGAGGAUGACUGGCUCUGUGCUGAGGAGGAGCAGGUGUUUGAGACGUUACUGGCGUGGAUCCACCACGACCCGUUCUCCCGGCGCGGCGCCAUCUCCGACCUCUUCAGGAAGGUGCGUCUGCGCUACAUCCACCCCACCUACCUGUUCCAGUUCAUCGCCAGCGACCCCCUAGUCCAGUCCUCCACCCUGUGCACCGAGGUCAUCGAGUCCGUCCGACGCCUCAUGUUCUCCAUCACUACUAAGUGUGGGUCGGACCUCAAGCCCCUGUGGGUGACCCCGCGGCGUUUCACCUGCCGGGAGACCCUGGUUCUCGUUGGCGGCCGCAAGAACAACGAACAGACGUCCCGCGAAGCACUCCUGUUUGACGAGAGGACUCAGCGCUGGCAGUGGCUGGCCAAGCUGCCCUUGCGACUCUAUAAGGCCUCCUACGUCUGUAUCCACAGUAUCCUGUAUGUCCUGGGAGGCCUCACCAUGAACACCAAGCACAGAGUGGUUAGCACCACUGUCUAUACGUUGUCUCUAAAAAUCAACCAGUGGAGGACGACUGAGCCCAUGAUCCAGCCGCGCUUCUCCCACCAGUCUGUCUCCUACCUGCACUUUAUCUUCGUCCUGGGGGGCCUGGGGCCGGAGAAGCAGGUGUGCGACACGGUGCAAAGGUACAAUAGUAUGUUCAACCAAUGGGAGGCUAUGGUUCCCAUGCCGACGGCUGUGCUACACCCGGCGGUUGCCGCUAACGAUCAAAGAAUCUACAUGUUCGGGGGAGAGGACGCGAUGCAGAACCCUGUCAGGAUGAUACAGGUGUAUCACAUUGGCAGGAAUAUGUGGUCUAUGAUGGAGACCAGGACAGUGAAGAACGUUUCUGCACCAGCAGCUGUCAUCGAUGACAAGAUCUACAUUAUCGGAGGCUACACCAGAAGAAUGAUCGCGUACGACACCAAAGCCAACCGCUUUACGAAGUGUGAGAACCUGAAGCAGAGGAGGAUGCAUCACGCCGUCACGGUGCUCGACGACAAACUGUACGUGACCGGAGGACGCUUCAUCAACGGACACGACGUCAUAGAGGACUCCGACAGCUUCGAGUGCUACGACCCGAAGACUGACGCGUGGACGACGAAGGGGACGUUGCCGUACAGGCUGUUUGACCACGGUUCUCUGUCCCUGGUGUGUGUCUCCAACAAAUCCAAGCCUCCCUGAGUGUGUGUUGUGGGGGCGUGUGUCCCCUUCAGAUGAUACUCUGCCCGACCAAGCAAAAAAAGACAUGAACUGCUCGUAGCGUGGAACUGAGAAAAAUACUUUUUAUUUACCUUGGUGUCACAGUAUCUUCAUGCAGUUACUGGCUAACAUGACCCCCCUUUUCUCCUGAACACAAUACAACCGAGGAAGGAUACUUGUCCACAUGAAUAAGAAUGUAUUUAAUGAAGCAAAAGUGAGUGUACAAAACAUUAGGAACACUUUAUACUGAGUAUACAAAACAUGACAUGAACUCAUUUUGGACCAAAUGAGCAGUUAGUGCCUUUUUGCAUGGUGGGGCAAAUACUGUCGGAUGUGGAGCUGACCGACACAGAUGUUGCAAAGAACAUCUCUGAUGUCAUUUCCUGUCCCGCAAAUUCCCUCAAUGGGUGACACUUUUUCCAGCAGCGAAUCUCAAAUCAAAUGAGAUGCUUUUAGAGAUUUUACUUGUCUUGUGGAAGCGAAGUUAAUUGUUGUGUGGAACUGAAGCCCUGGGCAGUUAAUUGUUGUGUGGAACUGAAGCCCUGGGCAGUUAAUUGUUGUGUGGAACUGAAGCCCUGGGCAGUUAAUUGUUGUGUGGAACUGAAGCCCUGGGCAGUUAAUUGUUGUGUGGAACUGAAGCCCUGGGCAGUUAAUUGUUGUGUGGAACUGAUGA